AUGGCCGCUAACGACCCAGUUGUUCAACCAUCCUUACCACUCGAGGUUGUCGCUCACAAUGCCACCGUCAUCCUAAGCGGUGUGCUUCUAGGCGCACUGCUUGCGUUUGUUACUUUUCACCUGGGCUGGCUGCGCCACCAUGUCCGUCUGAACGACCGGUUGGUCAACGCAAUCUUCCCACUGGGGUCGCAAGUCUUUUUCUUUACAUUACCGCUGUGGUUUGUUGUGAUGUUACCUCCUGCUGUGCGCUUUACCGUGUUCGUAGGGGAAUACGCUACUGCACUUUAUCUGUCAUUGAUGUCUUAUUUAUUCCCUCCGGACAAUGCCAUUCUCGAGAGCACUAUCAAAAUAGCGGCUCAAAUGACCAAGACUCCCACUUGA